GUCUUCCCUCAGACUCUUUCGUCCUUGAUUAGAGGACUGAGCAUCGUCGACAGCGGACUGCUAACGUCCAGCGUCCGUCUUUUUUCUCUAUUAGACAUCCUCCUUUCCCUAUUCAUAUACUUCCAGCUGCUUCUCGCCUGCUGGCAGGUCAUUCUUAACGACCGAUCCACACGAGAAAUCUCCCCCAAACAGCCCAAUUUCUUUAAACCAAAGAUCACCAAAAUUCAAUGAGCAAAUCCUCGACUGCUUCAGCUUCAGCAAAGAAUCCUCCCCAGCUAUCAGCGAAGUCUGCUUGGUCAAAAGGCCCUCCUCAGACCAACUCCCAAUCCUCUCCCCGUUCUCAAUCUCCGGUUCCUACCACCCCCGUCUCUGCAACUGCAAACCAUUCACGGCGACCCAGUACACUUGGCCAGGGUGUUCCGAUAAAAGAUGGCGUAAGCAUACCUCGUAACACCGUCGGUGCUGCAAAAACAGGCUCAGCGGUUUCGUUUGGGUCUAUUGAUGACGCAUCUGCGUCAAUAUCAUCUCAACCCGCGGCAGCAGCACCAACGGUAACCCCUACCAUAUCUGCUGCCAUAGCAGUCAAAUCUGAAGGUGUAAAGUCCUUUGGAACUGUACCCGCGACUGUUGCAAGCCAGGUAAAUGGCAAAAACUCGGUAACUACAAAGCUAUCUGCGUCACAGUCGACGGCAUCAACGUCAACAGGGACGAGUUCAUCGUCGACGUCAGGUCCCUCGAUACCUACCACCGCAGUGAAUCGGCCGAAAGUGGACGUUAGAAAACUCUUCCAAACCCCCUCAUCGACACCGUCUUCACAAACGCCCUCAGACACAUCACCAUCAGUCCGUUCAUCAAAUCUUCCUCCGCAACAACCACCAACGCAACAACAACCACCUAUACCAGCAUCAGGUUCAUCAUCGCAGAUAGGCUCACAUGCAUACCCUACUUUUGUUCCGCAGAAUGGUUUCCGUAGUCAACCACAAAGCACGGCUGGCCAACCACCACGGUCUCCUGUAUACUCUCGCCCACAAAUGCCGAACGGAACUGGUCCACGACCUUCUAAUGGUAGUGGUCCUCCAGGUCCAAACCAGAUACCACCUGCUCUAGGCAGCCCUCGACUUACUCCUCACCCACAACCUGGACAACCCAACCAGAUGCCUCCUCAAAUGCCUCCGCCACAAAUGCAAGUCCCCGGUUGGCCGGGGUAUUACUAUCCGCCUGUGGGACCGGAUAAUCAUGUCUUUUACCAGCAUUGGGGCUACAUUCCCCAACAACAUCCUGGUAUGCCGCCACAACACCCACAACAUCCCCAAAUGCCUCAUCAUCAACCUCCACCUGCGGGUCAUGCUCCUCCUCAACCUCAUGCAGGCAUGCCAAUGUCGCCUCGGAAUCCCCCUCAACAUCUACAAGGUCCUCCAGGAACGCCGACACCUCAACACGUCAACGCCGUCCCCCAUACUCCUCACCCACCCCCACCUCUCUCUCACUCGUCUAGUAACAGUAUCAGUGGAAUAUCAUCACCUCCCCCUACCCCUGCUGUUUCAUCCCCAAGUGUGGGCGGUCAAAGACCCCUCAAUACUGGUGCUAGCGCUUUCACCCCACGGGCCAACAAAGUCAAGAUUACAAAUGCCGAAGGAGCUGAGGUGAGCUUGGAUAAGUUCAAGCACCACCAGCACACACCGUCAUCUGGAAAUAUCACGACUCCGCCGACUGGGUCUACUCCUUCUUUGACCGCUAGUCCAAGUCGGAAGGGUAUCAAGAUCGAAAAUCCGAGAGAGAAGGAGGCCGAGAGGAAGAAGAAAGAGGCUGAGGAGCGGGCGAAGAGGGAGGCUGAAGAAAAGGCGAAGAGGGAGGCUGAGGAGAAGGAGAGGAAGGAGGCUGAAGAGAGGGAGAGGAAGCAGCGAAAAGCAGCUGAACAGAGGAAAAAGGAGGAAGAGCUGAAGAAGCAAGAGGAGAGGAAGAGGAAGGAGGAGGAGGAGUUGAAGAAGAAGGAACAGGAAGAGAGGAAGAGAAAGGAGAAGGAAGAGGAAGAGAGGAAGAGGAAAGAGAAGGAGGAGGUUGAAUUGAGGAAGAAGAAGGAGGAAGAGGAGAGGAAGAAGAAAGAAGAAGAGGAAGAACGUGCACGCAAAGAAAGAGAAGACCAACAAAGGAAGGAGGAGCAAAGGAAGAAGGAGGAGGAAGAGAAGGAGAAGGAAAGGAUACGUAUCGAGUCAGAAGCAAGGACCAAGAGAGAGAUGGAGGAAAAGGCACGUUUACUGAAGGAGGCUGAAGACGCUGCUGCCGCUGCCAAGGUCACUGAGGCUGUAAAAGCCCAGAAAGAGGAAGAAGAAAAGGAAGAAGGGGAACUUGUCGAGGAAGAGCCCGCUCAAGUCGUGGAGAAGGAGAAGAAAUCACUGAAGAUUGAAACUGAAACGCCUUCAGUUAGAAGGAGACCCGGCCCCCUCGAUCUAUCAACAGCCUCGAGACCGAACAUCCCUCAAGCGCUCCCCUCUGCUCUUGCUACUGCUCGCAUCAUUGAUGACCUCGGUCGUGUAACAUACCCUGAAGGUGUCAAGAGCCCUAGGGUCGAACUCAAUAUCAAUGCGAAGGACGGCAAGUUUAGAUACGAUCGCGAAUUUCUUCUGCAGUUCAUGUCCAUUUGUAAGGAGAAGCCGGACAUGCUUCCCCCGUUGGACGCUAUUGGACUCGAACCGGCUGACACCUCUCAAUUUAAGAUGAGUCGCGGUGGCUCAGGACACCACGGUAUGAAAAACGGUGGUCGCCAGGCUUCACUUGGGAGUCUCAGCUUUGGUGGUGCUUCUGGUUUCACAAAACCCGGUUCCGGCCCUUCAUUUGGUGGGAUGGGUAACUUCGCUACCGCCAAUACUGCCAAGCUCACAAGCGAAGAACGAUUCCAACUUUCGAAUGGAGGUCGAUCUGUCUCUGUGGGAGGUCCAGGUGCAUCGCCCUUUGCACGCCCUGCUCAAAUGCAGCGAACCGCGAGUCAGGGUGGACCCGGAGGCAACAUGGAUAACCGACGCACGAGGAGCAAGAGGGGUGAAAAGCGUCAAGAUAUGAAUAAGCAACCUGGGGGUCAACCUCACGGUGGUUCAGGGUUUGGCGGUGGUCACGCUGCCAAUGCUGGUCUUGGUUUGGAACCCGUCGCUCCCUUGCAAGCAACGGAGAAUCGCUGGGAUCGUAAAGCUCUCAGCACCAUCCCCGCCGAUUCACCUGAAGUGGUUGACCGAAAGGUCAAGGCAUUGCUCAACAAGAUCACUAUGGAGAAGUUUGACCCCAUCUCCGACCAAAUUAUCACGUGGGCGAACAGAUCGGAGAAGGAAAAAGAUGGCCGUACUCUCAUCCAAGUCAUCCGAUUGGUCUUCGAGAAGGCUACUGACGAAGCAACAUUCUCUGAGAUGUAUGCAAGGUUGUGUCGAAAGAUGAUGGAACAAAUCAGUCCUCAGGUUCAGGAUGAUGGUAUCAAGAACUCCGAGGGCAAGCCUAUCGCCGGUGGUCAACUUUUCAGAAAAUACCUUCUCAACCGAUGCCAAGAAGACUUCGAGCGAGGUUGGGUGGCCAAAGAAGCAACUGCUGCUGCCGCCGCCGCCAAGUCAUUGGAAGACCAGGUUAAGGCUUCUGAGAAGAAGAACGAGGGUGAAGAGAUUGCUUUGUACUCGGACGAGUACUAUGCUGCACAGAAGGCCAAGCGUCAGGGUCUCGGUUUGAUCAGGUUCAUCGGUGAAUUGUUCAAACUGCAGAUGUUGACUGAGCGUAUCAUGCAUGAAUGUGUGAAGAAAUUGCUUGGCAAUGUGGAGAAUCCUGAAGAGGAAGAAAUCGAGUCAUUGUGCAAACUUCUCUCAACCGUCGGCCAAAUUCUUGACACACCGAAGGCCAGAGCACACAUGGAUGUAUACUUCUCCCGUAUGAAAGAACUAACGAACCGCCAGAACGUCAGUUCCCGUAUGCAAUUCAUGUUGCAAGAUGUGAUUGAGCUCCGUGAACGCAAAUGGGCUACAAGAAGUACUGUUACGGCUGCUCCGCAGACGAUAAGCCAGAUUCGUGAACAAGCCAUCAAAGCAGACCAAGCGAAGGAGACUUACGCCCGCAACCUCUCCAUGUCACGCUCUGGCUCAAGACGUGGAGCAGAGAGACCCGAGGCCGCCACUAAUCCCGAAGGAUGGGCGGUCGCUGGUGGUGGAGGAAACGUCCGCCCACCGUCGAAGGCAGGGGAUCUGUCGAAGUUCGGCCAGAUCAGCAACAAGGGUGCACCCAUGACGUUUGGUCCUAGCAGCGUCUUCAACAAGAAAGAGGCGAAACGUGAAUCACUUUCGAGGACAAAUUCGAGCGCCAAUAUGUUCCAGAUGCUCCAGAAUGAUGCUGUUGCAGAAGGUUCGACCUCAAGGGGCAGUAGACCACCGAGUCGUAAAUCUAGCAUCGAUCUUACACAUGGAGGAAUGUCGAUGACCGAUCAACCGCCUCAGCGUAAGAGGCUUAUCCUCCAGCCUCGGUCCAGACCCCUUGAAGAUGACAACCACGCCCCAGAGUCCGAGAACAAUUCGGAGGCUGAGACCGAGGAGCCUGAAGCUGAGAUGUCUGAAGCUGAGGUUAAGAAGAAGAUUGCGGAAGAUACGAAGGAAUUUUUUGCUGUUCGUAACCUCGACGAAGCGGAGGUUUACUUCCAAAAACUUCCCCCACAAUUCCAUUAUCAACUGGUCGACAAGCUGGUCUCCUUCGCUUUAGAGUCGAAGGAGGCCGACGCUCAACUCGUAUCGGAUCUUCUCCAACGAGUGGAUUCAAAAUCCCUGGCUUCGCCUGCUGCGCUUGAGGAUGCAUUCUCUUCAAUUGCCGAGUUUUUGGAUGAUGUCGUUGUCGACGCACCCAAGGCGCCGAAUUUCUUUGCUCUCAUUCUUAAAGGUGCUGGAUUUAGUGAUGAGCAACGGACUCUUAUCACAUCCAAGUCGGAGGGUAAUGGGAGAAAGGUUUUUGAGCUCUCAUCAUAGAUUUACUUCACUCGAUUUGCAUUUGGCAUUGGUAUCAGUACCCAGUAUCAGUAUUAGUAUAUU